AUGCAGAACUACUUUGUUUUGUGGAUGAACACAAUCAUACGGGUUAUCAGAGAAAUUUGCAAUAGCUGUAAGCAAUUUACCAUUUCUGCAACAUAAUAAACUAAAAUGAGGUGGGAAUAUAAAGAAGAACAACCAUUCGAAAAGCGCAAGGCUGAAGGAGAGAAAAUCAGAAAGAAAUAUCCUGACCGUGUCCCCGUGAUCGUUGAAAAAGCACCUAAAGCUCGAGUUGGUGAUCUGGACAAAAAGAAGUAUUUGGUACCCUCUGACUUGACGGUUGGACAAUUUUAUUUCCUGAUCCGUAAGCGAAUUCACUUGAGACCAGAGGAUGCUCUAUUUUUCUUUGUCAAUAAUGUCAUACCUCCUACUUCUGCUACAAUGGGAGCAUUGUAUCAGGAACAUCAUGAAGAAGAUUUCUUUCUCUACAUCGCUUUUAGUGAUGAGAGUGUUUAUGGAUCUCGGCAUUAA